AACAUUUAUAAAUAAAAGUGCAAGGAAUCUGUUGCUAAAACAAUGGUGCUUCGUAGAUCGUUCAGUCAACUAGUAUCAAACUAAAUCGUUUCUAAAAUGAAUACUAAAUUCUCCAUGCUAUUUUUGCUCGUUGUUUGCAUUGCUGCUUUGGUGUCGGCGAAGCCACCAAUAGACCACACCAGCUGCGGCGAACAUGAGGAAUUCACAACCUGUGGCAGCGCUUGUCCACCCCGUUGUGUAGAAAGAUUUGCGCCUUGCACCCUACAAUGCAUUGUUGGCUGUCAAUGUAAACGUGGUUAUGUGUUGAAUAAGGCAAACAAAUGUGUGCUGAAAAGGAAUUGUUGAGUGACCAAUGGUGAUGAAAAAUAAUGUGUAAUAACAAAUAAAUAAAAUUAAAAUAUAAUUCUUGUUUCAAAGUUUCAAUGAAAAGAAAUCUCGCUAUUCCUUUUUCUGCUGAAUCCAAUAAUAUAAUAAAUUUUAAAUGGGUUCUAUGCAAUGAA